AUGGCAUAUAAAUUAAUUGUUCAAUGGGGAGCCCUCGCGGGCAUUACCAUGUGCCAGAAAGAAGAGAAGGUGCUGCCCUCCGAGAAUCUUGGCAGCAAGGUUUUUCCUAUUUUAGAAGAAAGCCACGGCCAGUUCAGUUUCCUUGCUGCCCACAACUGCAGCUUGGCUCUUCAGCGAGGAUUCUACUUCUCCCUUCGCAUGCCCGACUGGGCAAAGGAUUUCAAACAACAGACCCAGAAGAUUCUAGCCCACGGAUUCGAGCCCCUAACGUUAAACUCCAAAAGCAAAGACUCAAAGAGGUCGAAGUACUAUGGAGACCAUCGUUCGGAGCAUUAUGGCAUACUUUUUGAAGAUAUUCCUCGAGAGAUGCAAAUUCCCGAUCCAACAAAGUCCCGGCGCCCAGUGCGAUCACCCAAGAUCAAGGAUGACUUCACAUGCGGCAAAAGAGUGUCACCCUAG